AUGCUUAAAAGGAAACUUGUGUCUAGCUUUUAUAUCUUUCCAAAGAAACAAUAUGUUGUUCGCAAUAUUUCAACAUUGAUGAAUAUCCAAUUUUUACUUUCCUAUUCCACAGCCUCUUCCCAUAGUGGAGUCUUCGAGAAAGAAAAUGAAGAACUUACUAAAUGGGUGAAGCACAGCUUUGCGGAAACUGGAUCAGCUCUAUCAACAACCAGAUGGACAAUUUUAAAUGACAUGGAAAGUUUUGGUUACGCCAAAGACGCCGGUCUGAGCUUGAAUGGCAUCCCUUUAAUGGACGAUGAUACUUUUAAAACAGUUUGGAGAGAUAAGUUCCAAGUUGCAGACCCUCUCGUGUUUAGAACAGUUAUUACUCGGAUCCAAAAUCAAGAAAGCUUAUUUACAAUACCACAAUUGUAUGUCAUGGUGCGAUCAUUAUAUCAACUGAAAAAAUUUGUUGAAAUACACCAGCUUUUUUUAUCAUGUGAAAAGCAGCUAUCAUCUUUAUUAGAACAAAAUCAAGAUGAUGGUAGAAAUUAUGACUUUCUUGAAAUACUUUUAGAUGUUGAGGACUAUUUGAAGAACUUUGUCAUCUCAGAAAUGGUGUUUUCAUAUUGCAUUAAAAAUACCAAAGUUGUUAAGUCAAGUGUUGUGUUGUUAGGUCUAAAAGCUGCCAUUGGAAAUAAAAAUUUUCCCCUAGCAAAAGAGUUGUUUUUACAGAUUAUGAGGAAUAAAGAAACAUUUUUGUUCGAAAGAGCAGAUUUUAUAUCUUUCUUGAAAUAUCUCCAUAGAAUGUGCGACAGCAACAUUAUUGACGUUUUCUAUCAGCUAUGGACUAGUAACAAACCUUUUGAGGAUGCAGAUUUUUCAAUAACCUCCUUUAUGCAUAUACUUUUUCUUGAAAGAAAUGAUAGAAAGAAGCUUAAUAUGUUUCUACAAAAUGAAGUGAUUAUUUCUUCGGGAUAUGUGAAUGAUAUCCUUUUCAAGUUUAUCAACUUUUGUUAUGACAAAACCUCGAUGGUGCCUAAUAAUAUUGUGGGUGAAUUAUCUGAAAUAGAUGACAAAAUAUAUGCAUUUUUCAGACGUCUUGAGAAGGAGAGCAUAAAUAAGAGGCGGCUUCUUUACACUAUUAUGUUACGAGCUUUUGUAAAGAUGAAUAGCGAGAAGCAUAUUUUAAAACUUCUCAAACUCAUUCAUGCAGAUGUCGACAUCAAUCUCGAAAACGAGCAUCAUCUAAUUGUUCUGGAGUAUUUUAUAAAAAAUGGUAAAUUAUCUAGUAUGUUAGAGUAUGUGGAGCAAGUGAAACAUUUGAAUACAAAAAAUAAAGGGGACCAUCUCUCCACGUUAAACUUGGUUGCCGAUCUACAAAGAUGUGCGUUCAGAGCGUACCCAAUGCUUCGAUAUGAGUAUAAUAACGAAUUGUAUAUUAUUUUGAGAAGGUUCGAGCAGUUUACACCAUACAUGUCAUGGAUCCCAGAACUCUUGAAAAAUCUUGAACUUCAGAAACAGUCACUCAGAUAUCGGUUCAAUACUCCUAUAUUAUUACAUGAUGAAAGGGUGACUAUCUUGAAGUAUCGGGAGAAUAUAAGAAAGCAUGAUACAAAGUUGUUAAAAGAAAUAAUUUCGACCAGCGUGAACUAUAAUUCUCGAUAUUCAGCUAAGUUUCUCAUUACGUUACUCCAAUUGAGUCUCAAAGGCAAAGAGAAGGUGGUUGCCCUUUUAAUAGAUGACAUUAUUAAAAAGGGCCAUUUUGGUGAGGAUAGUGAAGUAGCUGUCAAAGUUGGUAUUGAAUGGCUGAAAGACAAACUUAACUCAAAUAAUAUUAGCCAAAAUUUACAAAGAGAAGAGAUUCUAAAAUUUAGUAGAGAAUUUGGUAAAGUUAUGGAUGCAAAGUAUUUAAUUCAAUUAACUCACUUGCUAAUAAACUGUCGCUGUUUUAAAGAUGCUGAAAAACUAAUUGGUAAAGCAAGAGGAGUAGUACUCGAAACGACUCCAAUUGACGCACGUGAUUUACUUUACUAUUACAUGGUAUAUCUUAAAUUUGCAUGCAGGAAGCAUGAUAUGGCACUAUUCUGCAAUAUUUUGCGAGACUGGAACAUGAACCCGUUAGCAACUUAUAUUGAACAAGACUCAAUAAGGCAAAUCAAAGGCUUCAUGAAAUAUCUCUCGAGGAAAAAGUACCAGCUUGAUCAGCACAUGCAAGUUGACAUAUUGGAACAAAUAGACGAAGAAAUAAGUCACAUAAAGAAAAGAUAUGGUGGAAUCAAGAUAGAGGGUCUAGACAACAUGAAAAAGUUAGCGCAAUUUUUGCAACCAUGGAUAAAAGAUAGGCUGAGGGAAAGAAUCAAAAAUGCUGAAGCAGAGAGAGAGAAAUUAAGGUCAGCUUCCGUAUAG